AUGGAUGGCCCUGGAGGCGGGGGAAACCCCUUCCUGCACACAUGUCUGGCUCGUGGGGACUUCAUGGCUUUCUUUGCGGAGUUGCCGAAGACGAACAAUUUGUUUGUUCGAGACAGGGGAGGACGGACAGUGAUGGAGUUGGCGAUGCAGAUGACGGUUGAGCUGUUUCAGUCUUGCUUCAGCACUUCUUUUCCCAUAGACAGUACAGCUUUAGGCAGAGGCUGCUGCUGCUCCUGCGCCGUCUGUGCACACAAGAGGCACCGCAGUAUGAGGGACGGCGAGGGAGAAAACCAAAAGUCUUAUAACUGCAAAAACCCCAUGCGGAUCCGCUACAACGAGGAAUAUCUUUCCAUGUAUGAACAGCCCAGACAAAUGAGAAUCAACGCUAGAAGCAAGCCCCCUGUUCCCUCUCUGCCGCCUAAAUAUAAAUACGUACCUGCACAAUAUCCUCAAGAAUGGACACCUGAGGCCUCUGGCCUUCCCUGCGCCCGACAGCCAAGAGGACCACUGGACCACUCCCAAGAAGCAGGGGCAGCUGCUUUCCCUCUUCCUUCUGGGGCGCUAGCAGCAGUUCCGCCCCCCUCUUUACCUCAGCAGUAUUUCUAUCCUUGUGAAACAGAAGGGGAUGAGGCGCUGCUGCAGCGAGGCAGCCGCGCUGCGUUGGCUCAAAUACAACUUGAAAACAAAAUGCUGCAGCGGGAGGUGCUGGUUUUAGUAGAAGACUUGUGCGGGGGCCCUAUCUGCGAAACAAUGCGAGCUCGAAUGAAGCGUCUGCUGCAGAAGCUGCGGUCUCUUAUACUCGUUAUGAAGCGUCUAGGCAGCUGCCACCUCCUCCGGAUCAAAGCUACGGAGGCAGCUGUACAGACAGAACUCUUACAAAGCAAAAUCACAUACCCCUUCCUCUAUACUGCACUUAUGCAUAGAGCUUUUAAACUGUACCCACAAGGACCUAAUGGACAGGUGUUUGAUCCUUUACACCCUGCAGACGGUCGUCGAAUGGUGCAAUUUUUGGUGAAUUAUCAAUUACCAGGUUUUGAACUUUGUUUGUUUUUGGGGAAUGUGAUGUCUUUAUUUAGCGACUUUGUUUCUUUUUUCGCUGAAGACGAUGUUAGUAUCUGGAGACCUUGCAGAGAAGUACAGCAAUUUUAUUUGCAUAUGGCUUUCGCUCUAGACAGCGUCUUCUUGUUUAAAUUCAUCAUUAACUUCGGACAGCUAUUCGCUGCCCCUGCUGAUGUAUUUAAAUGGGAAGAUCUCCUCUACGUCCUCAUGGAACACCGAGACAGAUUCAGGCCUUACUUCUCUGCUCUUCUUGCUUCACGUCUCAAGAGCCGCGUGCAGAAGCGGCUUGUGGCGGAGGGCACCGCACAAGAAAUAAGAAAUAAAUAUCCUCCAGAGCCUGUGAAGUAUCCGUGUGAAGAGCGGCUGUUGACUCGGAAGGUGUUGGGGGAGUAUGCGUCUUUGUUUAGCGAAGAAGAGGCGAAAGAGUUUAGUGAAAUGCUCAAGAGAUGGAAGUACGGAGCAGCAAGACAAGAAGGAAAAGCUACAAGAGGACAAACCCUUAGACCGAGCAUUGCCACAAACGCAUUUAUUACUGCUCCUCAGGCCUUCUGGGGCUAA